UUAUAAAAAAGCUAGGUGACCAUAGACUAAUUCCCUUUUUCACAUCUAUAGCGCCUUAAGAUGUAAGUCACCUGUGUCGUCCUAAAUAAUUUUAAUUUAAUCCUCAACUCCGAAUUCAGUAAUUUACAGUCGUUGUGUGAUAUUAACAUUCUACCAUGAUAUAAUAAUAAAUUGUGCAUGACAGAGGAUUGUUUAAUUUGUGUCCGCCACCAUUAGAGAAAACCUUCCUGUGCAUUCGACUUUGCUGAAAGGUUAGUGGUCCAGACAAUGAAGGUUACAGGUUACUGUUUUAUCCCAGGAAGGGUUUAGAAAUUAGAAUAACAGGUCCUGUGUGUGCUCGAUAAGAAUAAAACUUGAUUGUUGUCGACUUAGACGAGCAUGCGGGAAAAUAACCUCAAAAUGGCGGAAUCACAAAUUCAAUCAUCUCUGCUACGUCAAUGUCAAUCGGAAGAUGAGAUGGACUGACGAGUUAAUGCUAACUAUGCUGUUAUCGUUAGAAGAUUUGUGGAAUUGCGUCGAUGGCUACGACACGAAUGCGGCGACAAUGCGAGGGCACCGGCGUGUGUCUGCCCUUUUCCAUUCAACCGAUUUGUAUAUGUAGCUAAUAAGAAAUUGUAUGAUUGUACGAAAUCUAAGGACGACUGUAGAAAGCUCGCUGACGCCUUUGAAGACUACAGACUACAGGAAAGUACUCUUACUUCGAAAGUCACACCGAGAUGAGUACCACAACUGUUCCUGCGUAUCUGUCUACACUGAAGGUGUGAUGAAGCUCGUCGCCCGGCGUGCUGAUAUAGGGAAGAAUGUAGAGGAUGACGAGGCAGCCGACAUGUUGCUCUCCAGUUUGCCAGAAAAUGUUCUAGUGUCCGGUUUGGAAACUGCUGGAUUUACAAACACACUUACUAUUGAGAUUGUCUAUGCAUUUCCUUUACAAGAAGACCAUCGAAUGAGCAACGUUCAAACUGACUAUGAUAUUUCAUCAGCAUAUUUGAUCAAGGAGAAGAUUACCAAGCUUUUAUGCUCGUGUUGCAAGCGCAAUGGAAAAGCGGCCCACAGAUGUUUUGUGAAGAGGAAGCGUGAGGGAGCAAUAGCGAAUACAGAAGAUAAUGAAGAUAACACACUGUGUGCUGCGGCUAACUUAGCUUGUCCCUGUCAAGAUGUCAUCGUGGAUCGUGGCGCGAUUGUUCUCCUAGCUAGAAGUCAUGAAGUUCUUCAAGAAUAUAAUAAGAAGGCAUGUUUGAUAUCUGUUGCUAGUGGAGAACUGCUUAUUGGUGAGCUUGUAGGUAAAGUUUCCCUUAGUAAGAAAACUUGUUUAUACAAUGUCAUUUUUGUGCCACAGUUGGCCAGUAAUUUAUUUUCAGUUAUUCAAGUCCCCGUAAAACAUAGUAUUGUUGUCAAUGUUAAAAUACACUGUAGGAUUUAUAAUCAAAUUUUAUGUAAAAUCACAGGCAACUGUUUCUUAUCUACUUACAAAAGUAAUGGGCUUUACAGUCUAAAAUUGCAAGUGCAGCCCAUUCCCGAAUCAGGUCACUCAGCGUCCCUUCGCUCUAGGCAGGGACUACAGAGUGCCAAUGCUGCUGUUCCCGCGCCAAUGCAUUUAUGGUAUAGUGUAGGCGUCUUGGGCUUCUGCAUCGUGAUGGUUUGUAUGUCCUGGGUGGUGGAAUUCAGUGUUGGUGUCGUUUUUCAGUAUGAACACGAUGUGCCAAGCAGCUGCGUACCGUGUCUUACUGGGAAGAUGUCUGUGACAUCUGUUCCCAGGCUGUGCAUUGGAUGUGCUGCUAAACCACUGGAACUGACCCACAGUGACUUGUUGACCAGAUGCAAGUCGGCACUUGGAAUGGAGCCCGCUUCUUGCUGACAUUCUCUGAUGACUGAGCCAGGAGGAGCUUUGGUCAUCUUAUGAAGAAUAAAGAUAUGCGGUAGUAACGCCAGAUGUGCAGUCUCCGCUCUCUGAUCAGUUCCUGUCGCUCGAUGAAGAUGGUGGUGAUGAGGGUGACGUGAACCUGCAAUUCAGACACUCCAUCCUCUCUGCCUGACCCUUCAUUUUGAGGAGGAGAGUCGAUUACAUUGGUCACUGCCGAUGCGUCGAUGUCUUGCCCCCGUUCGCAGUACGAGAGGUAUUUUCUCAGAGAAGGUAAUUGUUUGUUAACUGUUGUCACUAUUAGUUAUCAAACUGAACCACUAAUAAACAUACACUGAGGCUAUCAGUUUUUUUCCUUUUAAAACAUGAGUGGCUUAACUGCUAAUAUGUAUUUUAUUGUAGCAGGGCCAAAGUUUUUUUUUAUUUUUCCCGCAAGUCGACGUCUAGCGCCUAUUUUGCGUGACGCGCUUUGGUAAUUUAACAAGUAAUAAAUCAUGUAUGGGAACUGGUAGACCGGACUAUGAAAUUAAGUGGGUUCUUAUUAGAAUUUGCAGGUAAUUUGUUGAGCUGUUAGAUAUAAAGUUCAUUUUGUUGCCUGUGGUUACAGUCAAAAGUAGGGUAAAGUUUUUUGUUUUGGAUAUCAAUAUGCCAAUUGUAAGACAUUAAACCCUCAGACUUUUGCUUAGUAUUUCAAAUCAGCCGGCGCUACGUUAUGGUUCGUAUAGACGUUACUUUUUUUUUUAACGGUAAUUUUUGAUGAACCAUCUACCUAUAUGGAGCAACCAGCUGGUUAUGAAAUAAUAUUAAAGUAUGUUUACUGAAGAAAAAGCAUCGACGGCUUGAAGCAAGCAUGUCAUGUAAAAUGUAAAAGUUUACAGUUUUAAAUGAAAAUGGCUGCAAACAAAGUUAUUGCGAGCCUUAUGUUUAUGUUAAGAUAACCAAAGAUGAAUCUAUUAUCAUUAUUAUGUCUUAGCAUGAUUUGUAUAAUUUCGUUAUGGCUGUAAACAAAGUAUAAUGUGAGCCUUAUCUCUAUGCUAAGAAAUAACAAAGGUUUAAAUAUUUUUCUUAGCAUUUGUAUCUAUCAACGGCUGUAUUAAUGAACUGCUUUCAUUUUUAAAGACUAACUUUGAAAUUCAAUUAUAAAGGAUGUUUAAGGAUUGUCUUGGUAUGAAAGUAACUGUAACAUAUAAUAUCACUGUAUUAGAUCAGUUUCAUAAGGCGCAUUUUGGCUAAAUUUUACAUGAGUAAUUGUAAAUCUGUAUCUACUCUAUUGCCAGUAAACUGCAAGCUGGAUGAAUCUGAUAAGCUGUAUUUACAAGAUGAGUAAUUUUAAUCCAGACAGCUUUUAGAGCCACUUAUGUACUUAUUACUACUGUGCACCCACUCGGAUGUAUCUUACGCUUGCAGUCAGCUGAUUUUGUAUAGUACAGUCAGCAAUGUUUUUCGACUAGAGUCAUUGGCAUGUCGCUAAACGGGUUCUUAAAUAUUUAGCUGGAAUUCUAAAUUAUGGUCUUUGUUUUCAAAGAAGUAAUGAUUUAGAUAAUGUAGCUUAUGCCAAUAGUGAUUAAGCAGAUGACUGGUUAGAUCGCAGAUAUACUGGCUAUGUUAUGAAUUGGUGAAUAUGUGAAUUUGAGUAUAUUGCCAUGUAUGUAAAGAUAUCUGUUUUGUUAAGAAUUUCUUGUCCGAAAUAAUUGACAAACAUUUUGAUGUUAUCAUGUACAUAUUAAUGACAGUGCUCAUAAGUUGUUAUUAGACUUAGAAUAUUCCCAUAAUAAAAGAACUUAACAUAUUGUUUUGCGAUACAGGAUAAUAAUUAAUGUUUUUGUAUUUAUCUACAAAUAGUGCUUGCUGAUGUAUUUACUAUAAGCCUUUGUGUAUUGAGAGACAUAUAUGUUUUGUAAAGGGUUUAAAAUUGAAAUGUAUCGAAUGUUAGUGCAUUCAUUCACAUUUGAAAUUUUGUUUCUUCCUUUAUUGAUUUUAUUAACAUGUAUGUACCUGUAUAUCACGGAGCUUUUUAUUACAGGAGCAUAUAAGGAGGAGUGUUAGAAAAAUAAAUUUUUUCAUUGUUGUCUAUGCUCCUUCCUUAUAAAAAGCUAGGUGACCAUAGACUAAUUCCCUUUUUCACAUCUAUAGCGCCUUAAGAUGUAAGUCACCUGUGUCGUCCUAAAUAAUUUUGAUUUAAUCCUCAACUCCGAAUUCAGUAAUUUACAGUCGUUGUGUGAUAUUAACAUUCUACCAUGAUAUAAUAAUAAAUUGUGCAUGACAGA